AGUACACGAACGAAAGCAAAUCGAAAGUACAAAAACACAAGACUGCUUAUAGUAAAAGCCCACCAAAAAUGGGGUCAAUUUCAAUUUCAAUUUCAAUUUCAAUUUCAGUUUCGAAGCCCAAUCUUUUAAUUUUCAGCAAUAAAAAGCAUUUCCUUAAAUAAAUAAAAGUGCAAAUCAAAAGAGCUACAAAUUUGGCAAUGGCAACCAUUCAAAGAUUCAGUCACCGCAUCCUUCUUCCCUUAACUUACUUCAACUUCAGACCCAUUUCGCGAACGCCCAUUCUGACCCGACCCGUGAGCGGGCCCGGAAGACCCGCAUUCGGACCCGUGGCCGUAGCGCCGAGAAGAAACCGCAGCUCCGGUUCGGCAGCCCGGGCCGGGUGGUUCCUGGGCAAGCGCGAGAAGAAGGAUGAGCUGCCGGAGAUAGUGAAAGCCGGCGACCCGGUUCUCCACGAACCAGCUCAGGAGGUCCGACCCGAAGAAAUCGGGUCAGAGCGGAUCCAGAAGAUUAUAGAUGAUAUGGUGAAGGUGAUGAGAGGUGCGCCUGGGGUUGGACUCGCUGCUCCGCAAAUUGGCAUCCCCUUGAAGAUAAUUGUUCUGGAAGAUACAAUAGAGUACAUGAGAUAUACGACGAAGGAAGAGAUUAAGGCACAAAACAGGCGACCUUUUGAUCUUUUGGUUGUGAUAAACCCAAAGUUAAAAAAGAAGGGUGACAAAAGUGCCUUCUUCUUCGAAGGGUGUUUGAGUGUUAAUGGGUUUAGAGCGAUAGUGGAACGACACUCAGAGGUCGAGGUUACAGGUUUCGACCGAUCUGGCCAAGCAAUCAAAGUCGAUGCUUCAGGCUGGCAAGCUAGAAUUUUUCAACACGAAUGCGAUCAUCUUGAUGGAACGCUCUAUGUUGACAAGAUGGUCCCAAGAACAUUUCGAACUGUAGAAAAUUUGGAUUUACCACUCCCUGCUGGUUGCCCUAAAUUGGGUGCUCGCUAACCAUUUGCUUGAAGAAACUCAUCAGAAUUAUAUUGGAAAUUCUUCUUUACGUUUUGUUGUUUGCGGCAAUGAUAUCUGCUGAAGAGUAUAAGUAAGCACAAUGUGACUCUGACAAACAUGUUUUCAUUAGUAAUAUUUUUGAAAAUUGUAUGAUGUGAA